UGCCGGCAACGCAAGCGUUUGGUCGUCUUUUCGUCGUGCGGGCUAAAAUUGUAACAAAUCUCCGACGCUCUCUCGCGCUCAGUUUUGUUUCUGCCGCGUCUUGCACUCCACAAGGCGCCUACACAGAGGCGGCGGCGUCCACCAGAACGGGAUCUUUAUUACAAAAAAGGGCUAGCGCCACAUUAACUGCCACCGGGCUUACAUAAUUCCACGCAUUGUUUGGCAAUGGCUGAGAACGAACCGCUAGAGGCUGUAAAAAAGCCAAAUGAUCACAUAGUAAGCGCUGAGGAACGUGCUCGAAGACACGCCCCAAUGACCGGCAAUGGACACACGAAAGCAACAGCAGCAACAACAGUUGGUCAUGCCAAUGGCAAGCUGCAAUCGAAUGGAGGCAGCUGUAAGCAUAUUGAGGCACCCUGUUGUCGCGAUAUACACGGCAAAGAGCCGCCGGAUGGCGGAGCACGCGCCUGGCUGGUGAUGGUCAGCGCCUUUCUAUGCAAUGGUGUCAUCUUUGGCUUAAUCAACACUUAUGGAGUGCUACACACGCUGCUCGUCAAACGUCUAACCGAACAGGGCGAUACGGAGGCCAACAGCAAAGCCGCUUUGGUGGGUUCAUUGACUAUUGGCACCACAUUCUUUCUGUCGCCAGUUGCCGGCUGUCUGACGGACAAGAUUGGUCUGCGUUUGACCACAUUUGCUGGCGGCAUGUUGGCGUCUGGUGGCCUCUUGCUCUCGUCCUUUUGCACCGAGAGCAUCUUUGCUCUGUACUUUACCUACGGCAUUAUGUUUGGCUUGGGCGGCGCUCUGGCCUACACGCCCACUUUGGCCAUAUUGGGGCACUACUUUAAGCGUUACCUGGGCAAGGUGAGCGGCUUUGUUACGGCGGGCUCAAGUGUGUUUACUGUUAUACUGCCACCCGCAUUGGAUAAGCUGCUGCGCAUCUAUGGACUGGAAGCUUCACUGCGUAUUAUGAGUUUAAUGGCCGCAUUUAUAAUUGUCUGUUCGUUUGUCUACAAGCCACUGCAUCUGCCUUUGGCCACGCCCAGGUCCAUGGAGGGUCGCUCUCGCCUCAAUGUGCUCAUGCGCUCCGUUAUCAAUGUGGAUAUCUGGAAACGCAAGCGUUACGUCAUUUGGGCUUUGUGUGUGCCGCUGGCGCUUUUUGGUUACUUUGUGCCGUAUGUGCAUAUGAUGAAGUUUGUGGAGACCUCAUUUCCAGGUCAGGAUGUUAAUCUACCUGUGAUGUGCAUAGGCAUUACUUCGGGAGUUGGUCGCCUUAUCUUUGGAGUCAUUGCUGACAUGCCUGGAGUCAAUCGCAUGUAUCUGCAGCAAUUAUCGUUGGUGUGCAUUGGUUUGGUUACAUUGCUGCUGCCGCUGACCAGCUCCUAUGCUGUGCUGGUUACUUUUGCGCUGAUUAUGGGACUGUUUGAUGGCUGCUUUAUAUCGCUGCUGGGUCCGAUUGCGUAUGAGAUUUGUGGCCCAUCGGGUGCAACGCAAGCAAUAGGAUUUCUGCUUGGACUCUGCUCACUGCCUUUGACUAUGGGUCCACCAGUAGCUGGUAUGCUCUUUGACAAAACAGGCUCCUAUACUUUGCCAUUUGUGCUGGCUGGACUGCCGCCUCUAGUGGGCUCCUCGCUGCUUUUCUUUAUGAAAUGCGUCAAGGAGGAGCCAAAGCCGCAGAGCCCAGCAGCUGUGCAAAACGGCGAUGUGGAGCAUCAAAGCAAUGGUGAUUAUCUCAUGAGCACAAAGCAUAGCAAUGGCUUGAAGUCCAAUGGAUUUGCAACUGCAAAUGGCGCUGAAAAAGAUUUAAAAUCCAGCGCUCCUUUAAUCAGCUCAACUGCACUGCCAAAUGGCAACAGCAACGGACAUCUAGCCAAUGGAAAUGGCCACAUCAGCGAUGCAACUGAAACUCUUAACGACAGCCAGGAUACAAGCUAAUAACACUGUCGUCUAAAAACUCAAAAUUCCACAAAACUUUAAGCAUUGAAAGAGUUCUGCCAUUUUACAGUUAUAAACUAACGCAUAUAGCAUAUACAUACAUAUAUAGCCAGCGCAUAAAUAAACGUUGUUCAUAUGGAACAACAACUAGCGAACCCUACGAUGGAGAGAGACUUGUACCUAUUGUAAUAAUUUUCAUAAAUGUAUACUAUACUAUCUAAACUAAGUACAACAAAUUUUAAAUGCAAAAUAAAAAACAGU